AAUCAUGAGUUACGUUGUGGACAUUUCAUCCUGGAAUUAUACGGAUUGGGAGUCUUACUUUGAAAAUUUCACCGGCACACCACCCACAGAACAAUCUUAUAGCCCCUGUCUCUUGGACACUGUGACCCUCAACAAGUACGCUGUGGUUGCCAUCUAUGCCCUGGUCUUCCUGCUGAGCCUGCUGGGAAACUCCCUGGUGAUGCUGGUCAUCUUACACAGCCGGGUCAGCCGCUCUGUCACUGACAUCUACCUGCUGAACCUGGCCCUGGCUGACUUGCUCUUCGCCCUGACCUUGCCUAUCUGGGCUGCCUCUAAGGCAAAGGGUUGGAUCUUUGGCACAACGCUGUGCAAGAUGGUCUCACUCCUGAAGGAAGUCAACUUCUACAGUGGUAUUCUACUGCUGGCCUGUAUCAGCGUGGACCGCUACCUGGCCAUUGUGCAUGCCACACGCACACUGACUCAGAAGCGGCACUGGGUCAAGUUCAUAUGCUUAGGCAUCUGGACACUAUCUCUGAUCCUGUCCCUGCCCAUCUUCAUCUUCCGUGAGGCCUAUCAACCACCUUUAUCCAGCCCAGUCUGCUACGAGGAUAUGGGUGCCAACACAACCAAAUGGCGCAUGGUGAUGCGGAUCCUGCCCCAGACCUUUGGCUUCCUCCUGCCCCUGCUGGUCAUGCUGUUCUGCUACGGCUUCACCCUGAGCACGCUCUUUCAGGCCCACAUGGGGCAGAAGCACCGGGCCAUGCGGGUCAUCUUUGCUGUCGUGCUCGUCUUCCUGCUCUGCUGGCUGCCCUACAAUCUGGUCCUGGUGACAGACACCCUCAUGAGGCUCCGGGUCAUCGAGGAGACCUGUCAACGCCGAAAUGACAUCGGCCGAGCCCUGGAUGCCACCGAGAUCCUGGGCUUCCUCCACAGCUGCCUCAAUCCCCUCAUCUAUGUCUUCAUCGGCCAGAAGUUUCGCCAUGGACUCCUCAGGAUCAUGGCCACCCAUGGGCUGAUCAGCAAGGAAUUCCUGGCCAAGGAGGGCAAGCCUUCCUUUGUUAGCUCUUCCUCAAGGAACACUUCUACUACCAUCUAAGACCCCCACCCCUGUUGCAGCCCCACAGGGCUCCUUCCCGCCUGUCAGCACAGCACCCAAGACUCAUGUCUAUUGGCUAUUCACAGUCUCUGUGUCAGGACAGCCCCCACUGAGGUCACAGGAAGUUGCUGAGGCCUCAGCCUUACCAGGCCCUGUUGCAUGGUUGAGAAAGCCUGCCCUGAAGCCUCACCCCUCAUUGUAAUUGCUAUGUCAUCUGCGAGAGCUCUGUCCAUCCUACUACUGAGCCAUAGCACUCUGUCCUUGGAGACAUUUCAAAGACAUGCUUUGAAAUGAGUUCAAGAAGUUCCCAGCCUUGGGAGCCAUCAGUGGCAAACACCACAGCUAUUUCCCCAACUCUCCCUUUCCUAGCUUGCUAGCAAAGUCUGCUUCCCUUGAGAGAGGCUGAAAAUAAUAUAUACCUCCAUGAGUUCUUUAAGCUAGGAGUGGCCAUAUUCUCCAGUUCUGAUUAGGAAGACUUACAGGCAAGUGUGUGCUGGUAAACCAGUCCCCCAGGGAAACAAAAAGUCCUGCCUUGUAGCAUUUGCCAAGUUCUGUGUUAUAACUGCUCCCACCAUGGCAAUUUCAAGGGUGGUUGUGUUUAGCAACCAGCUCACAAAAUUCUAGAAAAUAUAAUAAUCUGCAUUGAGCAAAACAUUGCUUAAAAGGAGGUCUGCUGGGGCCAGGGGACUCCUGGAAGAUACUCCUGAUUGAAAAAAAGAGAGACGCACCUUCUUGGAUCUUGCCUUUGAAUGUGGUUAUAGUAUAUGAUCUGUGGUAUAGUAUAUGAUGUGGGGCAGCAUUUUUGUGACUAUGAGGCAAAAAGCCUAAUAUGUUUAGGCUGGUGGAGCCCAAGGAUAA